UGGCAGUGAAUCUAACGAUCUUGAAAAUCAUCACAGUACACAUUGAGAACGGUACUUUAUCUGGAUCAUUUGUCUUCAUAUAAAGCAACAGAGAAGGAUACGUAACAAAAAGUCUUAAAGUAGAACACUCACGUAGCAGUAGGUCAUCGACGUGAUCUUCUGUCGUGCUUUUUCACAAAAAUUUCAAGUUCCACUUCUUUCUCCUUUGUUGAACCAGCAAUUUGCAAAAUGGUCAGUCUCUCUUUUUUUUAAACCUCAAGAAAAGUGAUCUAUUUAGAUCAUCACUCGAUCAACUGUUUCUGAAUGACCUCCCAAGAGCCCUCCUCAUCCUCAUACACCUACAUUCAGGAAGGAUCUUCCACAUUUCGAGAUCAGCCAGACUUUUUUCAAAGAAACAACUUAUACGACCAUGCAGGAGCAUUAUCAUCAACAGUUGGAGAAGCACUUGCGGACUUGACACAGGCUUGGAUGAAUGAAAGAAAUGCUCCAGAAAUACUGCCUUUCGAGAGAGAUCUAGUGGCACUUUUAUUGGAUCAAGUGCAGGCGCAGACAGAAAAAAUGACGGAACUUGCGGAAAGAAACAGUAUCAACACAUACCAAAGUAUGUUGUAUCAGACAGAGGUUGAGCGCGUCAAAUAUGUAUUGAGAAGCUAUUUGAGAGCUCGUCUAGACAAGAUUGAGCGAUGUACACUAUUUAUACUACGUCAAGAAAACCUAGAGGAAUUACUAUCGAUAUCAGAACUUCAUUAUGCUCGCGAAUAUCAGGAUCUAAUGGAGACUCAUAAUCACGAUAGCUUCCUGCAUCGACUACCGAGAUCACAGCAUAAGCAGGACGAGCAAGGGAAUGGCAUUAAUAUGGUAGUGGAGCCUAACUUGGAUGCAGCAGUUGUUUGCAAAGUGCUAAAGAGUAUCGGGCACGUAAACAUUGGUGGAGAUGAUAUUUUAUUUGACGUUAACGAUGUUUAUCUAUUACGAUAUCGUGACGUACGAGAACACUUGACAGCCAGAAAAUUAAAAUUAGUCUGAACAGAAGAACUUUCCUUUUGAGCCCGAACCAGAAAAACUGACCGCGGCGGUUUCUUUUUUUUUUUUUUUUUUCUUCCUAACUAGUAUAUAAACGAAUGCUUGACUCCACUUUCUCUUGCAUUAAAUA